UCGGGUGAUGCCGAUAGACAGCGUCUUGUUUCUCGGCUCCAAAAAGGUUAAAAAUAAGGCGGGAAGAAGGAAGCGAUGAAUCGGGUGGUGAGACGGAGAGAAGUCGCGAACAUCUUGUGAUAUUACAACAAAAUUCACAGUUUGGAAAAUCCAAGUACGUCCAAUCACAUCAAAAUCUGACAGAAUUAUUCAGUACAUCAGGACUAGGACGUAAUCAGCCUUUGAAAAAUUCAGGAUUUGAAGAUAUGAAACUCAAACCAAGCAUCGCAUCAAGAUCUGGCAGAAACACCGGAGACAUCAGGACACGAAAUUAGAAGGUGACUGAAACCAAACAUCACAUCAGCACUUGAUGAACUUAUCCAAUUUGCUGCACUUAAAUCAUCAAGUUAUGAACAUGGAAAGAAAAGACACCAUCCACAGUGCAGAGAAACCGUACACAUGUUCGCUAUGUGGACAGGGUUUCAGCCGAUCAUCUGGCCUGUCAAAACACAAGCACAGUCAUACUGGGGAGAAACCGUGGAAAUGUGGGCACUGUGGGAAGGGAUUCAGUUACCCUUCUGAGCUGGAAACUCACCAGCGCAGUCACACUGGGGAGAGGCCAUUCACCUGCUCUGAAUGCGGGAAAGGAUUCAUUCGGUCCUCCCACUUGAUGAGACACCAGCGCACUCACACUGGGGAGAGGCCAUUCAUCUGCUCUGAGUGCGGAGAGAAAUUCACUCUGCAUUCCAACUUCAUGAUUCACUGCCAAAUUCAUAGCGGACGAAUACCUUUCACCUGCUCUGUGGAUGGGCAGCCAUUCAUUGAUUCAGCUACCCUGCAAAACCAACCUGUUCACACUUUUGAGAAACCUUUCAAAUGUCUAGACUGUGGGACGUGCUGUCAAAGUUCUGUGGAACUGAUGACCCAUCAGCGCGUUCACACUGAUAAAAGACCAUUCAGAUGCUCUUACUGCGGGACUGGGUUCAAGCACUCAUCUCAACUCAUCGUACAUGAGCGACUUCACACUGGGGAGAGACCUUUUAAAUGCACAGACUGCGGGAAGUGCUACAAAAGUUCUGGGGAACUGAUGUCCCAUCAACGGGUUCACACUGACGAGAGACCGUUCAGAUGCUUGCAUUGUGGGACUGGCUUCAAGCACUCAUCUCAACUCACUGCACACCAGCGAAUUCACACGGGAGAGAGGCCUUUCACCUGCUCUGAGUGUGGGAAGGGAUUUGCUCAAUCAGCUGAUCUGCUGACUCACCAGCGGGUUCACACUGGGGAGAGGCCUUUCACCUGCUCUGAAUGUGGGAAGAAAUUCACUCAGCUCGCCCACCUGGUGACACACCAGCGGGUUCACACCGGGGAGCGGCCGUUCACCUGCUCUGAGUGUGGGAAGAAAUUCACUCAGCUAGCCCACCUGCUGACACACCAGCGAGUUCACAAUGGAGAGAGACCUUUUCAGUGCCCAGACUGUGGGAAGUGCUAUAAAAGCUCUUGGGAACUAAUGUCCCAUCAACUUAUUCACUCUGAUGAGAAACCGUUCAGGUGCUCUCAGUGUGGAAUAGGGUUCAAGCGAUCAUCUCAACUCACUGUACACCAGCGGGUUCACACUGACAAGAGACUUUUUAAAUGCCCAGACUGUGGGAAGUGCUACAAAAGUUCUGCAGAACUGAUGUCCCAUCAACGCGUUCACACGAACGAGAGAUCCUUCAGAUGCUUUCACUGUGGAACUGGCUUCAAGCACUUAUCUCAACUCACUGUCCACCAGCAAGUUCACACUGGGGAGAGACCUUUUAACUGUCCCGACUGGGAAGUGUUUCAACAGGGCUGAUGGACUGACAUCCUAUCGACAUGUUCACACUGAUGAGAGGCCAUUCAGAUGCUCUGACUGUGGGACUGGGUUCAAGCACUUAUCUCAACUCACUGCCCACCAGCGAAUUCACACUGGGGAGAAACCAUUCACCUGUUCCGAGUGUGGGAAAGGAUUCACCCGGUCAUUGCACCUGCUGACUCACCAGCGAGUUCACACUGGGGAGAGGCCUUUCUCCUGCUCAGUGUGUGGGAAGACAUUCACUCAGUCGUACCACCUGCUGACACACCAGCGGGUUCACACUGAUGAAAGACCCUUUGUCUGCCCUCGCUGUGGAAAGAGUUUCAGGCAUUUAGGUAACCUCAUUUCACACCAGCGAGUUCACACCGUGGAGCAGCCGUUCACCUGCUCUGUGUGUGGAAAAGGAUUCACACAGUCAGCAAACCUGGCGAUCCACCAGCGAGUUCACGAGUGACCACGGGUUGGAUUCUGCUAUUGCUACAACUAGUAGUCAAAUCCAGGACUGACCCAUAUUAUUUCUGAUAUUUACAGUUUGUUUUUGCUGAUGAUGUUAAUGUGCCUGUCACAGGCCAGAGUUUAAUAUUCUGGAUCUAUAGCUAACUGUUUUCCUUGGGCUGCCGUUUCCUUUUGAGAACUGCUGUCUGUCUUCUAUCCUCUUAGUUCAAGAACUCUCAGAAAAUAGAUUUGAAUAAUAUUCCAUUAGAAAUUUCUGCAAUUUAAUGUCUGCAAGGUGCCAUUGAUUAAAACCUUCAGUGAGAGAGUGCAAAUGAAUAUUUGUUGACAAUUCUUACUCUGUUCCACACACUGGCCCAUCUGUCAUCUGCCAGAAAGAAGGGAUGUCGGAAUUGGGUGAGAAUCAAGAGUCUCCAAAUAUUACCUUUCUGCCAGGUACAGAACUCCAGUCAGCUCAGGAAUGGAGACAAAUGCAAUCUGAUCAAUGAUUUGGAAGAACCCACUAUCCAAAAUGUUCACAAAAUCUGCGAAAAUUUCUGCAAUAGUAUAGAAUUCAUAGUUACAUUUUAAAGCAUUUAAUUAUCUCAAAUUCUUACCUGAACUGUUUUUUCCUUACCAGUGCCUCCCAAACCAUGUUCUAAUGUGACCCCAAAGUAAGAUCGUGGUAUAGUAGACAGUGAAGAACGUUAUCUAAGAUUACAAAGAGAUCUUGAUCUCUUGGGUCAAUGGGCUGAGGAGUGGCAGAUGGAGUUUAAUUUGGAUAAAUGUGAGGUGCCACAUUUUGACAAAACCAACAAGGGCAGGACAGAAACAAUUCAUUGUAGAGCCCUGGAUAGUGUUACAGAACAGAGAGACCUCGGCAUUCAGGUACAUAAUUCUUUGAAAUUUGCGCCACAGGGUGGUCAAGAAGGCAUUUAGCCUGC